AUGAUUAAGCUCGAGGCAUUGGAUCUAUACAAGAACGAUUUCUCUGAUGAAUUUCCUUUGUCUAUUAAGAAUUGCACGAGCUUAAAAUCAUUGAAUUUGGGGGCUAACAAGUUUUCUGGUAAUUUGCCUGUUUGGAUUGGGGAAAACUUAUUUGGGUUGUAUGUUCUUACGUUAAGAUCAAACAACUUCUCUGGAAACAUUCCUUUACAAUUAUGUCAAUUAGCAAGUCUUCAAAUUCUAGACUUGUCCGUGAACCAUUUCCAUGGAACCAUCCCCUCAUGUUUGAGUAAUUUUAAGAUCAUGGUGACAGAAGGAUUCUCUCAAGUAGAUUAUUCAUUAAUAACAUAUUCAUAUAAUGUUGACCAUGUGAUGAUCCAGUGGCAAGGAACUGAACGUGAAUUCAUCCGUAGUAAUAUGGUAUUAUUGAGGAGCAUCAACCUGUUAAGCAACAACUUAACAGGGGAAAUCCCAUAUCAGAUUACCAAUCUUGAUGAACUAAUUGCACUGAACUUAUCAAAGAAUGCUCUACGUGGAAAGAUUCCAUGGAAAAUCGGUCAGAUGAAAAAUCUUUUAACUUUGGAUUUAUCUAGAAACAAGUUUUCAGGAGAAAUACAAUCAACCAUUUCUCAAAUGACUUGGCUAAAUUACCUAGACGUCUCAGAUAAUAGCUUGUCAGGGAGAAUCCCAUCCAGCGCACAACUUCAGUCCUUUGACCCUUCAAGAUACGAAUGGAACUUAGGGCUUUGUGGACCUCCCCUUACCAAAAAAUGUCCUGGAGAUGAAGAAUCGAGAAUACAACAUAGCAUUGGUGUGAAAGUGAGGGGGAAGGUAUAG